AUGAUCAGCAGGAAGUACUGUUGGGUUAUAAGGAGGUAUAAUGGUAGUCACACAUGUACCCGAGCCACCAUCUCACAAGAUCAUUCGAAGCUGGAUUCUCUCACAAUUGCAGAAGUGAUAAAGCCAUUGGUUAAGGCGGACCCCUCCUUAAAGGUAAAGUCGGUUAUAGCAGAAGUGCAAUCGAAGUUUAACUACACCGUUAGUUAUCGGAAAGCAUGGCUGGCUAAGCAAAGGGCAGUAGAAAAAAUAUUUGGAGGUUGGGAAGCAUCGUUUGAAGCAUUGCCUAUAUGGUUUGAGGCCAUGUGUCAUAAGGAGCCAUCAGCUGUUGUCCAUUUCGAGACUAUACCUGCAUAUCAAGACGAUGACUUGGUGGGUGAUAUUCGAGUACUGCAUCGAGUAUUUUGGAGUUAUUACCCCUGUAUUAGGGCAUUCAGACAUUGUAAACCAGUUGUCCAGGUGGAUGGGACUCACUUGUAUGGAAAGUAUAAGGGUUGUCUGCUAGUGGCAGUUUCACAAGAUGGCAACAACAAUAUCGUCCCAAUUGCGUUUGCUAUUGUGGAGGGAGAGACUUCUGAUGCAUGGCACUUUUUCCUUAGUAACGUUCGUCAACAUGUUGUCACUCGGGAUGGUGUGGGUCUAAUAUUUGACCGACACGAAUCCAUCAAUGCAGCUGUGGAACGCAGUAACGGAGCUUGGUCACUUCCUAGAGCUUUUCAUAUGUUUUGCAUCAAGCAUAUUGAGUCAAACUUUCUGCGAAAAUUCAAGGCACCAUACCUCCAAAAAUUGGUCGUCAACAUUGGAUAUUCAAGGACGGUGCGGGAGUACGAAUAUGCAUUGGCAUUUGAUGGUGGAUACCGAUGGGGUCACAUGACGACGAAUCUUGUGGAAUGCAUCAAUUCAGUGUUGAAAGGUGCACGCAAUCUUCCAAUAACUACUCUUGUGAAGGCAACAUUCUACAGGCUAAACGAGUUGUUCACCCGAAAAAGAGCGGAGACAGAAGUGCGGAUUAGUGCUGGCCAUGUGUUCUCUAAUGUCGUGACCUCGAAGUUGCAUGCAAACCAACUUGCAUCAGGAAACAUUCAGGUCAGUUGCUUUGACUGCCUGAAUGAGGUCUUUGAGGUGCGUGAGAUGCCAAAUGGACUGGAGUUUGCAGUCGAUCUACGUGGCCUUCGAUGUGACUGUGGUGAGUUCCAGGUGGAUCGGAUCCCUUGCAAACAUGUGUUCGCAUGUUAUGCCAACCAGCGACUGGAUUGGAAACUGUAUGUCCAUGAUGUGUAUAAGAUGGACCAAGUUUUGCGGGUGUACCGAGCAAGGUUUAGGCCACUAGGUAAUCCUACAAUAUGGCCUGCUUACAACGGACCUCGGUUCGUACCGAAUCCGUACCUUAGACGCGUCACGAAAGGUCGCCCCAAGAUGACCCGCUUCUUGAAUGAGAUAGACACGCGAAUGUUACGUCGUCCUAGGCGAUGUAGGCUAUGUGGAGCUGAGGGACAUAGUCGUAGCAGAUGCCGUCAGUCAGCUGGUGCAAAUGCCGCCGGAGAUGCUCAAUAG